AUUCGCCUCUAAGUAGAAGCCCCGCACGCUUGGUUGUGAAAGAUACCAACUUAAACUUCGGUAUUCUGUACGUAGGUAAUUCUGUAAAAUAAAACGCCUAUAAUUUAUAAAUACGAAAUUUUAAAAUCAAGCCAGAAGCAGAUUCUUCUAGUGUGAACCAUUGUUUUGAAACAAUAUAACUUUGUUCAAACCCUACUCCUGGAUAGAAUGAAAACUAGGAUAUCCUCUUCUCUAGUUUGAGUAGUACUAAUGUCUUUAGUCUUUGACUUUAAUCCUUUAUUUAGAAAUAUUCGAAAUGGAUUAUAAAAUUUCGAAUGAAGAAAAUACGUUUACAAUGUUUGGUUUUGUCUUUUUCCUGCCUUGUUACGUUAUACUGUUCUUUGACUAAUUUCAAACUAGUAUUUAUGAAUAGUAUUCACAGUACUCUCUUUUUUUGUUAACCUGCUUUGCUUCCUUUGCAAGUUGAAUUUCAUAUUCAUUCUUUAAUCAUUAUCAUUCUGUCAUUUCUGUUUGUUGCUGGGAAUGGGAAGAAAAGAAUAAUUGCACACAAUACUUAGGGCUACAAUGAAAGCAAUUCUUUUUGUAAACAAGCAUAACGUUUUUAUCUAGUUGGUAGUCAUAGUCAUACUUGUAGGGAUUGUAGUUUUUUGAUUUACAGGCUAGAUUCUUAUUACUACUUCAGUACUUAAUAGUAACUGUAACUAUGUUUCAGUUUCUGCAAAUUUGGCAUAAGACUUCCUAGGCCUAGGUCUAAUCAUAAUUAAACAAAGAAAUCAAGCAAAACUUUUUGAGAAUAAAUUUUUUUUAGCUCUAUAUCUAAAAACCUUUUCAAAUAGGGCAUUGUCAUUGUUUUCAUUUUUUUUGGUCAUUUGCUGUAGUUAGUAGGCCUUUUGAAUGCCCUAUUUAAUUGUAAAAGAAAUUGAUAAAAGACUCGACGGUAAAGUUAGGUUAGAGAGAUGCUGCCAUCUUGCUUCACAAGACCAGUUAAUUUUUAAACCUAACCUGAACCCUAAAUGUAUCCCCUGAACCCUAAAUUAUGUAUCCCCUGAACCCUAAAUUAUGUAUCCCUCAACCUAACCUGAACCCGAAUUCACUGCAACUAUCUAUAAUAAACACACAAAUGACAAAGACUAUGACGUCAUGGUGACAUCUCUCCAAAUUGGCCGACUCAACAUUACUUAGUGAUUAGUAGACUAACUAAUUCUGAUGUCUUAUUUAUCAGGUUAGCCUUACAGUACAGGAAAUCAAACCUAACUAGGUUCAAAGACAAGUGUCAAUGUGAUAAGCAUAAUAAUAAUAUUAUAUGAAUAUGAUUGCAUUAGUCUAGCAGGCCGAAAAAUAAGACAGGGGGGAAAGCUAUUAAGAAAGAAUAUUUCGUUACAACUUUUGCGGGCCUGUUCUAGUGAGUAAGCCUAAGCCUAAUAAAUGAAAAUAAUGUUCACUGCAGUUUGCUUACACACCACUGGAAAGUGUCCACUGGAAUGUUUCCAUUCAAGUAGAUAAUGUUAUGCAAGUACUGUUAUUUAAAAUUUUUGGUGGAUAAUGGGUUGAGUUGGCGUAAGGCCAGCAAUGUAUUCCACGGUAAAUGGGUCAUGGAGGUUCCCCCAGAUCGACUUCCGCCUAUAGCGCCAUUUCAAAAGAUUUCUAUAUUUAUGUUCGUGCUCGCUUAUUGCAAGUUUUUUUUCUUAGUUUAAUUUUUUUUUAAAUUAGGGGGAGGGGUUGCCCCUCCAGGAUUUCUUUCUUAUUUUGGUAUCGAAGUGAUUAUUCACAGAGCUGUGCGGAUAACGCUCGCCGUUAUUCACAGAUUUCGGUCUGCCGAUAACGCUAAACGUUAUUCGCAGAAUGUGAUAAAUUAAAUUAUGAAUAUAAAAUACAAAGUUCGUUUAUACACAUCUCCUCGGGAGUGUAGUGGUCAGUAUCUCCGACCGUCACCCAGCAGACAUAGGUUCGAUUCCCCGUCAGGGAAGCCUCAUUUUUAUAAAUAAAAUUUAAAAAAAAAUAUUUAAUGGUUAUUUCGUAGUGUUAUAUUAUAAUAAUAUUCUUCCUAUAGCUUUCUUUUUCUGUUCACAUAGUUUUAUUACUAUUUUCAUAUAGUAUUGUUACAAGUUUCAAUCUAUUUUGUUAGAAUGUUCAUUCAAGUUUCGUAAAAAAACUGUAAACAACAUGAUCAUGCAGAUCAGCCGCAUAAACCAUGUUUAAGUCAGAUACAGCUGUUCUAACUGUACAUUGUGAUAUACUUUUAGCUCUUUUGACUGUUUAAUUUUCUUUGUAUAAUUCCACUCAUAGACUUUGACAUCCAUCUGUUUUUACUCUAAUAAACACAUACUUAUUAAUAACUUACUUAUUCAAAUAUUUUAGAUCACAGAGUUGUGUAUUAAUGUUUAGCUGCAAAAAUAUGUCACGUUUUAUUUGUUUUAUUUUAUUUUCUAAUAAGUAUCAUAAUAAGUAGGGACACAAUAUGCCGCUCCAGAAAUAGUUGAAAUAACACUUAGUUAUUAAUAACACCCCCCCCCCAAAAAAAAAAGUUUUCUGCGGGCGCCCAUGUAUGCGUAUACUGAUUAAGCUAAGUAACUAAGUUCCCCCCCCAAAAAAAAAGUUUUCUGCGGGCGCCCAUGUAUGUGUAUACUGAUUAAGCUAAGUAACUAAGUAUAUUACUUAUAGGCCUACUACAAUUGUGUAUAUACUUUAUACUGCAUUAUAUUUAGUAUAGUUAUAGGCUAUUAUUAUUAUGCUACCGGUAUACAGAUAUUACCAUACUAAUAGUAAUAAAUUUGCCCUUUUUUAUAAUUGAUAGUGAAAAAAAAUUAGAUAAUAACUCAUGACGGUUCAGUAUACUAAUAGUAAUAUUAAUAGCCUACAUCCAACAAUAAUUUUUCACCAGUCUAGUUCUAAUGCAUUAUAUGAUUAUUCGCAGAUUUCGGUCUGCCGAUAACGCUAAACACUAUUCACAGAGCUGUGUGGAUAACGCUCGUCGUUAUUCGCAGAUUUCGGUCUGCCGAUAACGCUAAACGUUAUUCACAGAGCUGUGUGGAUAACGCUUCCCUUUUGGUAUUUAAAGUGGGGGAGGGCUCUCUCCAGUUUCCAGAAGAUCAUUUAGCUCAUGGCAAACUCUAUGAAUGAAACUGAUAUUUUGCACAUAGAAAAUUAUAAUUUAUGACGACUCUUUAGUGUGGUUUUACACCUCUAAUGAAAAUAAUCUGGUUUAAAUACCUUCUAAAAUCAUUCUGAAACAAAAGUUAUCAAAUAUUUCCUAAUCUAUUGUGCCGACACCCAUUUCUGAUAUAAGUUAAGCAGUAGUCUACAUUUUGUUAAGUUUUAACAUACAAUGCAGCACAGGUAUUUCAAUUUUUAACCAAUCAAAUGACAGCACUUUUAGCGCACAUACAUCUUUUUUCCCCACCGUUGUUGGGUAUUGGGGUAUCAUCAGCAAGGAUGGUUCUUUUUUCAUUUCUUUUGAAAUGUGUAAGUUGAAUUUUAAUACAAAUUAAUGAAAAAUUUCAUUUAAAAAAAAAAUGUCCUCUUAAAUAAUUACAAUCAACAUUUUGUAGGCCCAAACUUUUAAGUGUGAAUCAUUUGAUCAAGAGAGUGUCUUCUUGAUGUCCACCUUUUUUCAUAUAUCCUGCUGUUUCUAAUUUUAAUUUAUAAUAUGUGGAAUAAAAUGUGCUGUGAAUCUCUGAAUUAAGUUGGGUUAUCUGAUUAUAUUUCAUUUUGAAUUUAAUAAAUAUCACUGAGGAUUGCCUUUUUAAUAAGUCAAUUAGUAUUUUAACAAUUUUAUUUUAUAGGCUACCCAAGAAAGGUCUGCAGUAUGACUACAGGCUAACAUUUAAGGGUUUGGCACACCCCAAGCAGAUUUUUGGACAUUUUUUUUGGAGCUGCUUGCAACUUUAUCUUGUAAGUUCCUACUUAAAACUGAGCUAACUGCAUGUUUUAUGUUCACAUCCCAGAGUUUUUUUUCAUAGUUUUAAUGUAACGUGAAUAAAACAUGUUAUUUAUAGAAUUGUUAAAGCUUAUUUAAUGUUAAAAGCAGAAUGUUUGCUUAUGUUAUGUGGAAACAAAAAUGUUGUAUUGUAAUUGCAGCAUUGCCUGUGAUCUUGUAAAGCUAGUUCACAGCUCACAAUUGACUUCAUUUUGUCCAGUACCAGUUAAAAUAAAGUAGUGAAAGUUGUCUUUUCUUAUGCAGACGGCUCCCAAGAAGGCUAGAUUGGAGCCUAAUACAAGUGAGUUUUGUGUGUUUGUAUUGUAAAAUAAAUAAUCAGAUGUAAAGGUAAUUACUGUUUAACUUUGCAUUUUAUAUUUUAUAUUUGUUUUAGCAACCUCCUCAUUUUAGACUUACUUUUUUUCCUUUAAUUUUUAGUGUCUAUACGUGGUCCAAUCCCUAAUGGGCCAAUGCAUCCACGUCCCUUGGUGGCUUUACUUGAUGGGAGGGAUUGCUCAAUUGAAAUGCCCAUUUUGAAAGAUGUUGCUACUGUAGCAUUUUGUGAUGCCCAGUCUACCCAAGAAAUUCAUGAAAAGGUAAUUACAUUUUUUGUUUUAUUCACCCCUUCGACAGCUUCGCUCCUCUGCAGACAUGCAUAGUCUGUCCGUUCCCAAGACACACACUAAAACAUAUGGUGGACGAUCUUUCUCAUUCUGCGCCCCCAAACAAUGGAAUUCUUAGCCACUACACAUACGCAAUAUACCAACCACCCAGGCCUUCAAAACUGCACUAAAAACAUCUUUUUAAAUUAUACUACCCUGACUGAUUCCCCUCCUCUGACCGAUAAACGAUCUUGCUGGCUGCUGUCCAUGGUUUGCCUUGUAAAAGUUAUGUGGUGGGGUGGGUGAAUAUACAUUGCUGUUCUUUAUUUCAUAAAUGUAUUUUAUUUUAAUGUCAUGAUUGUCUCUUUUGAUAAAAUUUUUAUGUACAGCGCAGUGAGCCCAGCCCUAGGCUGGGGUACCGCGCUAUAUAUGACAUCUUAUUAUUAUUAUUUGCAUUUUCAUUUUCAUACUUUCCUUUUUUCAAUGGAUUUGUGAUUUCACUAAACCUUUAAACCUUUUUUUAAAAAAAAAAUAUUUGCAGGUAUUAAAUGAAGCUGUGGGUGCACUGAUGUGGCACACCAUAACAUUGACUAAAGAAGAUUUAGAUAAAUUUAAAAGCUUAAGAGUCAUCAUAAGGAUUGGAAGUGGCUAUGAUAACGUUGAUGUCAAAGCAGCAGGUGAAAUGGGUAAGUUGUCAGCUUUAAAAAAGAGGGGGGGGGGGCUUUGGUUACCAUGAUGCUCAGCGUAGAGAAAUGAGGGACCAAUAGCUGAUCUACCAGAUUUCAUUUUUUUUUUCAUUUCUGUUUUUGUGUAUGCAUGUAAAAUUUCAUGAUCUUGUAAAAUUACCAUAGUAUGCACUUUAGUAUAGAUUGGGGAAGCCCCACUUUUUAGUUAAUUUUAAGCAUACAUUUUCUUUAACUAUGACUGUGCUUUAUAAAUAGGUAACUUUACUAAAUGAAAGCUUUUGUUUGGAAAAUACAUUUAAAAGAAAAAUUUAAAUAAUAUUUAGAAACCUAUUUCUAUUCUUUAUUAAAUGUUCAUAGAUUUAGGGACAAACCCAUUUUCUGAAAAUAUUCCCAAUAUUUGUGAUUAUAGGAAAAAGGAUUUUGAUUAUAUGGAACAUUCUGAAAAACAAAUUUUCUUUCAAUUAAUAUCAAGAACUUAAAUUAAAACACUGCAAGUGCAGAAAUAAAUAUUAAAGGUCUCUUUAAUAGUAGGAGUAAAUACCAUCUAGAUGUUAGACUGUAAAAAAUCCUUUAAUUUAAAUUGUAAUAUUCCCUCACAUUUAUUAUUGUAGAAAAAGUAUGACCAAUAUCUGAAAAUAUUCCCAAUAUCUGUGAUCAUAGGGGGAAAAUGAUUUUGAUUACAUGAAAUAUUAUAUGGUAAAUUCUGCAAAACAAAAUCCUUUCAGCUAAAAUAGUAACUUAAAUGUAAACACUGCAAAUACAGAAAGAAAUAAUUUAGUUAUCUUUAAAAGUGGAAUUAAAUCCCGUCUUUAGGUUAAAUUAACAAAGUAGUUUAUUUAGAAAUACUCCCUCACAUUUAUUAUUGUAGAAAGAAAUUUAUGAAAUGUACAAAUACUGGGACUAUGAUCGAAAAGUUUUCCUUAAAAUAUAACACAAUUGUUUCUGAAAUAGUUACUGCUAGUUUAUGCAUGUUAUGGUUUGUGGAAUAGGGGCUCGUCAUCUGUGGCUCACAGUUCUCCCCAAAGGGACUUUGAAAAGGUUCAAGUGGACUCUAAGCUGCAUUUCCCUGUAAUUCUUAAAUAUGCUCUCAAAGACUUUUGUUCUAAAAAGGGAGAUUGUUGUGUCAUCUUGACAAAAUAAGAAGUUUAAGAGCCCUGGAAAAACUCGUAACAAUUUAGCAUGAAGUAUUACAAUUUUUUUUUUUUAGAAAAGCUAUCGGCUGAAAAUUUCUAAAAGAACUUAAUAAUAGAAAAAAAAUUAGACGUAUAAUUGCUUUUUUGCCAUGUGAGCAUUACGAAUGAAUAAUCACUCCCCAACCCCCCCCCCCCAUAUAUUUUAAAUCAAUAUUAAGAAUUGUCCAUUUUUUCUUUGGUUUUUUUUUACAAAAGGAGAUGCAUUCAUGACUUGUGCGAGAAAACUUUAUUUUGAAGUAAACAUGUAUGUUUAGGGAGUGGGCUUUUCAUAAUUGUAUUUAAUUGCAAUUUAUAAUUUGUGUAAUCGUAUGUGAGAAAACUGUACAAGAAGCAAGAUACAUUCCAUAAAUAGGCAAAACAUUAAUGAUUGCAUAGUGAAAUUAUUGAGCUGUCCAAACGUGCAGUACAUAUAUAUCAAGAUAUUCUGACUUAUAACAAUACAAUAUUUACUGAAAUAAUAUGCAAAAAUAAAAAUGCAAGUAAAGACUUGAUUCGAUUUCAUAUUAUGUUCUCCAUUAUCGAGGGAACUUUAAUUAGUACAGAUACUAGUUCGGUGCAGCAAUUAAAGUUUGCUGCACUGCUCCAAUACAUUUUUUUCUUGUAGUAUUAAAGCUGUUCGUAUAAAAACAUUUAUUUUUAAAUACAGAAAAGCAGCUCACAAAUUGGAAAUAGUCUUCAAAAAGGUUUUGAAGUUUUGAAACUGAUUGAAUUAAUUAAGAGUACUUUUUUAUGAGGUACUUGGUUUCAUUUAAAAAAAAAAAAAGUAAAAUAGUGCUAUAAAUAAUAAAAACUAUAAGACAUGAUCUGACCUUAUUGCACAAAAUUCUUUUUCUUAUACCAUGAACACAAACGUGUUUUGCAGAUGUAAACAAUACAGUGGCUCUCUUGAUAUUUACAGGUAUUGCUGUAUGUAAUGUUCCUGGUUAUGGUGUAGAGGAAGUAGCAGAUUCAACCUUGUGCCUCAUUUUGAAUUUAUAUCGCCGCACAUAUUGGCUUGCCAACAUGGUUCGCGAGGGAAAGAAGAUCAAUGGUCCUGAACAAUUACGUGAUGCUGCUCAGGGUUCAGCUAGAAUCCGUGGUGAUACACUUGGUAUUGUUGGUCUUGGUAAGUUCCCUUCUUUUUAUAAUUUAUAAGGGCCAAUAAAUUUACCUUUUGUGUCAAAGUGAAACCAGUGUAGUCUUGAUAGAAAAAAAAAAGCCUUUAAAUUGGCUGUUAAUGCAUUAUGUAAGAUUGAAAAUGUCAACAUAAUUAACAACAUAAGAACCCCCACUUUUUGUAAUGCAUCACCGAUUUAUUCUGCAGGUCGAGUUGGAACAGCAGUAGCUAUUAGGGCAAAAGUAUUUGGGUUCAAUGUCAUCUUUUAUGAUCCUUACUUGGCAGAUGGUAUUGAAAAGUCUUUAGGUAAUCUUUUGAAGUCUUUUAAUAGUAUUUUAAUGAAGAAUCUCAUUUUAUAUUUAGUUAGCAAAAUUCCUAACAUUUAUUAAAUGUUUUAAAACACUAUAUCUUAAACAUACUAAGGGUUUUGGUGCACAUGAAACUAUCUCUCCAGGUAUUACCAGAGUUUACACACUUCAGGAGCUACUUUUCCAGAGUGAUUGUGUGUCGCUGCAUUGUAAUCUGAAUGAACAUAAUCACCAUCUAAUAAAUGACUACACAAUCAAACAGAUGAGGCCAGGUAAUAUGGAAAUUAUAUUUAUUUUAAAUCUAAUAGUUAAACCCAAUAAGAAACUUUUUCAGCAGCUAUCUUUUUCUUUAUUCAUGUUUCCAUCUUGAUCUUACCCCUUAUAUUCUUUUUCAGUUUUUUCUCCCCAUUCCUGUCUCAUGUGUUUAAAAUAAAAAUUAAUUAAUUAAAAAUUUUCAGGAGCCUUUCUUAUCAAUACUGCACGAGGGGGUCUUGUAGAUGAACAUGCACUUGCUGCAGCCUUAAAAGAUGGUAGAAUACGAGCUGCAGCACUUGAUGUUCAGGAAAAUGAGCCACUUGUUUUUGCUAACAGUAAGAAUGAAAACUUUUUAAAGUCUUUUUAGUAGAGAAAAAAAAUAAAAUGCUUAUAAAAUUGCUAUAACAAAAUAUCUUCCAACAUAAUAAAAAUUUUCUAUAUUUUUGUUGACUUAACAUUUUGUAUAUUCUUUAGGUCCCUUAAAAGAUUGUCCCAAUCUCAUUUGCACACCACAUUCAGCAUUUUAUAGCGAGCAAAGUGUUACAGAAUUAAGAGAGAUGGCGGCAGGUGAAGUGCGGCGAGCAAUUUUAGGUCGCAUUCCUGAAAGCUUAAGGAAUUGUGUCAAUAAGGAGUAUUUCACCCCCACCACUAGUAAGUAAAGUAAGAGCCUUUGAAUUUCAUUUUUAACUUGAUAUUAAUUAUCAAUUGUGCAACUAAUGUUUUAUGCUGUUUAUUUUUAGUUAUUUUUUAAAAAUUGUUUCUGUUUUGUUUUUUUUUUCAAAGGAAGAUUUGAAUUAUAUAAAUUAACUUGAGAAAAUCUGCUUGAAAAAAUGUGUAUUACUCAAUCGGCGCAAUAUUGCAUUAAAAUUUAGUUGCACAUACUUGUUGACCACUUUUAAAUCUGGUUUUAUUAUUUUUGUAUCCAUUUUUAUCUUCAGUUAUUUUUUAUAGUUAGCGUUUUCCCUAUUUAAUAUAUAUUAUAGUUUAGAUGUUAGUCUUACCUGAUAGCAUGCCUGAUAGCAAUACACUAAAUAAAUUUUUGAUAACCCCAAGUUUGUUCCAUAUCUUUCUAAAAUAAAUGCUUCAUUGUUACUUCAAUAAAUAAGAUAAGCAGAGAUAAUCUUAUUUUUAAAAGUUCAUUGCCUUCACAAUGGUCACCAUUUUGCCUCAACUACCUACCAAUAGUUAAUUAAUAGUACAGAGUCUAAUUCAGAGUCUUAAUUAUAGUUUUAUCAAUAUCACUUUUUUGCAUCAAUUUUAAUAGAUUCUACAUCAGUCUGAUACUUUCAUGAACUCAUCUGGUGAAUACACUUUUAAAAAUCUUGGUGGGCCAUGAUUAACUUCCAACUCUUGUAACUUAGUAAUGAGAAAAGCUAAAAAUAUGGCAUUGUUCAUAAGCUAUGUUUGGUCUUGUUAGAACAGCAGUAAACUGUAUGGUAGGUUUCUAGGCCACCUACACAGGCUUCAUACAUUAAAAGGCGGUUUGCGGCACAUGAAGCAAGAGUAGGUUAGAGGUGCAUAGUCCCUAUAAAUUCUUAUUUCAAUAAAGUGUGCUUUUUUUAGUGGAACAACCCAACUUUAAGUCUGUACACUUUAAAAUGGCACUUUAAAAAAAACUAGAUUACUUAUUUCAUACUUAUAAAAGUUUAUGCAAUUAUUUUAUUUCUGGAAUAGAUAUUCCCAAGGCUAAUAUAAUUUAUAUCAUGUUCUGUAUGCUAACUAGUGCAAUGUUUUCUAAUGGACCACUUUAUUUUUAAAAACUUUCAAAAUUUAUGACAUGAAAUGUACAGGAUACAAAUAAUUCAUUUAACUAUGAUUAGAGCUGAACAUAUUAUGGUUCACCAGCAAGUGCUAGUGUGACAGGGACUAUUGCUUUUGCAGUAUUAGUGGUGAGGGUGGUCAAGAUUAGUAGUCUUUCUAAUUAAGGGUGUAAUUUAUGAUAGUGUGAAUUAAAUUAUAUGAAUAAGAGAUUUUUAAAAUGUAACAAAUUUAUCCUCCCAGGUACUGUGCGCUAUCCGUUCCCCCCUGCAGGCCCAUUUGAUAGUAUAAAUGGCGCUGCUGGUUAUCCAGGAUUUAACCCUGCUGUAGCAGCAGUAGCUAUUCACUCAACAACUGACCAUCCAGCUGUGUCUCAUGGAGGAGCUAUUUUGACCACUGCCCACUCUGCUCCAGACUCUGGAAAUCAUGUGCCCAAACCAGAGAACCCCAGUCCUGUCCACUAAGGUGGGAUCUGCAUGGGAGGAAGGUUGAAGGCAGCAUGUACUCAUGAACAUAAACAUUUGAAUGGGCAGGGUUCAAAUCUUCGAACCUUGUCAUCACCAGAAUGUCAACGGUAUCAUAUUGUGUGGAUGAGAUGUUUUCUUGCUUUAGAUUGUGGAAUUUUUAAUAUUUCAUUUAUUUUUAUAUAUACAAGACCAGGCAAAACUUUACAUAUGGUUUCAAAAGUCUUAAAACAUCAUGUUAUCAACCAGUUUAAAUUAUAAAAGUUGUAAAUGUAUUUUAUUUUCAAAUUUAUCUGCUUGCGUCAUAAAAUACUUGAGUGGAUUCAGUUGCUGCUAAAAAAGUAACUUAGUCAAGAUCUGAUUCUUCCAGUAAAAGUAGGGAAACAAAAAAUAUCAAGGAUUUUUACAUCUGUUUUGUUACCUAUAUUGUCCAAUGUGAAGUGUAUGUUUUGUAACUAUGUGUAUGUACAAUUUUAUCAUAUUAUUGAUUUCCCCUUAUAUAUGGAGGGAGGGAGAAGGGGGAUAAAAAUUACUGGGCAGUUCAUUUGUAACCACUGAAGUAGCUGUUCCAAGAGAAAGUAUAACGCAGUAAAAGUUAUUAGAUCGAUUAAAUAUCAAGUAAAAUAUAAACAAGAGUUUGUUCAGAGGCACAACUGCAACUGAUAAUGCCGCUGAAUGGCUUAUGUUAAAAUAAUCUAGUGUUAAUAGUUUAUUUUGAUCACCUUUGUUUUAUAGUAGAGGCUUUCUUUGUUCGUGCUCUAGGCAAUUUGCAAGCCGCCAAAGAUCCUGAAAUUAAGUCCAAAUAAAAAUAAUUUUUAAUACAAUUAUGUGCUUGAUGGGUUGUGUACUUGAGGUUUAAAUAAAGAAUAGUUUUAAAAAAAAUGUUUGUUUCAUUUCUUCUCAUGCUUUUAAAAAUGACGUAUCAAGUGUUCCUGUUGACGAUAUGUUGAAACAAUCAUAUACAAUAAAGCAUAGCUUAUCUAUAUAUUUUGUACAACUCCACAUGAAUUGUCUGCAUACCCAAUUAUGUAUCUUUUUCUUUCCAAUGUUAUUAAUGAAUUACUAUUACAUGGAUUCAAAGAUAUUUGGCUAGUUCUGGACCAUUACGCAGCGUAUAAUUCUACAGUCUGAUGCAUUUUCAUUUUAUAAUUCAAGAACUAAAUGAGAGCUUUCUCGUUAAUUUUUUCAAGAAUUUUAUCUGCAGAUUUAAAAUAUAAAUCACUGCUGUAUACAUUUGAAUAGGUUGAAAAUAGUCUCUGCUGGAUUUUAACUGGGAUAGCUUUUUCAAAAAAAUAUUUGCUAUAAUCACACAAAAAACAAACAUACUGGGAUAAGGGUAUUACUUUGUAGAUUUUGAUUUUAACAUUUGCAGUGUAAUUUUUUCCUAUUGACUCUUCACUAAGACAUUGUAUUGGGGAAUAGCUCUCCUUAAACCAUUUUAGCUUUAAUUAGCCUUGUAAAAGUUACCAUUCAUUCAUUUGUGAAGAGUAAAGUGGCGUAUCUAUCUAGUAAUACAUGUUCAAUAUAUCAUUUUGCUAGAGUCUUGAGUUUCAUGCUGGCUUGUUUGCCUGGAUUGAGCUACACCUUAAAAAUGUAUAUAAUGUAAAUAUAUAUCCAUGUAAUCUGACUUGUGACUUUUUUUUUAUUUUUGCUACUCAUUUUAUCAUUCAUUAACUAGAUUAAUUAGGAUAGACUAAAAAUGUCUUUAAUUUGGUGGACAUUCAGUGCUGAAUCAAAAAAUUUCUCGCAAAUGUUUGAGAAUGUAAUGAUCUGGAAUGCUUAUCAACCAUUAUAACUUAACAAAAAGUCCAUGUCAAGAAGCACUAAAGCAACCCAAUUUGUUUUUAUAUAAUGGACCAGCAAGGAGUCUCAAAACCUUUUCUGUUUUGUUUUUUAGCACUAUAAUAUAGUUUGUUGUAAUUUGUAGAUGUCCUAGAGUAAGUAAAUUAAUACGGUACUAUUGAAAUGGAUGUGGAAGGUUUAAUAAUUUCUGAAGUACUUUCAUGAUCAUAGCUAAAUAAUUUUUUUCUAAAAAUCCUGUGGUCACCUCUGAUUCAAGGGGUAUAUAUACAUUUUUACUUAUUAUUUUAAGUUAAGUCAUGAAUGGAAGCCUUCCAGAGGACCAGACCUAAGUAUCAUUUACUAUUCAUUUAUUAGGGAGCUUGUUGGGGUCUUGUGAAUAUCUAGAACAAUGCAUAAGUUUAAGAGCUGUUGUCUUAUUUCCUGUUUUUAAAAUAUUUUUUCUGUUAUACUUUUGGACACCACUUACUCUGCAUGCAUAAAAAUGUUUUUGGUCUCUGCAAGAUUUUUUUUACAAUUCUUUUUUUCAAUCUAUCCUCAUCCCCAUAUCUAAGAGCCAAUUUCUUAGGUUAAAGUUAAAGUAGCUGAUUAAACUUUAAAGCUCAAUUUAAGUUGUAUAUUAAUUGACUGUUUUCACAGAACCCUUUCCAAUGAAAGUGUUAUGGUUUAACUUGAGAGUCUAUACAAUGUUAUCAUAGCAUGGCUUCUCAGUUAGAUUGUUCCUCAAACUAUGAGUAUGAGGUAAGGUUUGUAAAAUAUAAACUGCAAACUGACACAUAUUUUUUCCCCAAUUAUGAACAUGUAUUUUAACUUUGUAAUUAUGAGUACUAAAGACAACAUAAGCUAUAGCAAUUAAUUCUGCAUGUCUUCUUUUCAAGGCCAUGGAGAUAAUGUUGGGAAAGGACCACCUUCUUAAUUUCAAAUAUAUAUUCUACUAAGCCAAAAUGAACAUUUGCUUUUGUCCUAUGCAUUGUUAGAUGCAUUAAAAACAGCAAACUCCCAUUAGUCUUUUGUUUAAAAAUAUAGCAAAAUCUAUGCAUUCUUACUCUUAAGUUACUUGCAUAAAAUCCAGUGGGAUUUCAAUAAAAAGUGGUUGACCUUUCAAGGAUGUGCAGCACCAGAUAAAAUAAACAUCAUACUUCAUAAUAAACAAAUAAUUGCUUGUUGAAGUUCUGUAUUUUGUGACAGCUGAUCGAUACAUCACAAUUGUAAGAUCCUUGCACUAAAAUAUUCUUUAUGUCCACUUCAUUACCUGUUUGUGUAUCAGUAACAUUUGUUACAAUCAUUUUAAAUGAUUUAUUCCCCCUUGGAUGUUUUUGAUUUCAACCAAUAUGAGUAGAUGUUUAGCUUUUUUUCCCCACCCAUAAAAAGCCUACUGACAUUGUUGUAAUAGUCCUGUAAGGAUGUUUUCUUGUGUGUUUUAAAUAGAAUCUUAACAACCUGAUAAGAUUACUGAAGUAUAAAGAGUCCAGGAAUCAUACAUAAUCAUCACAAAUUUUACAAUGUGCUUUUAAAUGUGGGGAAAUAUCAGUUGUUCUGCUUUUAUCUUCCACAAGAACUUGUUAAUAAAAUUACAUGACUUUUGUAACAGGUCUUUGUU